AUGAACCGAUCACGUAUAUUAACAUCAGUCGAUUACAGUGAGCAAUUGGCUAAUAAUCUCGAUCAACUUGAUAAACAUGCAAACAAAAUUGAUACUGAUCAAAUAUCAUCACGACAAACAAAUGAAUUAUCAUCAUCAAGUAAGAUGGUGAAAGUAUCAUUCAUGGCUGAAGUAUGCACCGAGUUGGCUAUAACAAAAAAUUUAGCAAUAACAGAUACUUUUUUAUGCCAUGAUGAAGGCGAUGUUAUUUUGUCAACAUUUGGGUUUUAUUCACCAUCAGAUGCCAAACAUGCUGCUGGUGUAAACUUACUGUGUUCGGCACUCGACGGUCUUUCAGACUAUAAUCGAACAGCUGGUUAUCAAAAUAUCUAUGUCAAAGAUUUGACACUUUCUAUGCUUGUUGCUACAACAGGUAGUAAGAUGUCGUCUACCUUACAAAUGAUGCACCAAAAGAAAGAAAAUCUUGGCAUGCUUGGUCGUCUUAAUAUUUGGCACUUACAAUCAUUGAACGAAUUUGUUCCACCUCGACAUUCUAAAUUAGUUUCUGAUAUUGCUUCCAUAGAUCACUUAUUUAUAAUAGCACAUGAAAUUUAUCAACAUAAUCCAGAGUUUCGUUUCAAGAAACAUGCUACUGAUACAGUCACGCAAGUUGUUACUGACGAUGUUGAUAAUGAUGAGUACAUGAAGUCGCUUCGGCUUAAACAGGGUAUCGAUGGUCAAAAUGAACCGAUUUUAUCCUCAAAUGAUGAUGAUACGAAUGAUGUAUUUAAUGUUUGUUCAAAUGAUUUAACGGAUGAUGGUGGUGUUAUCAGUGCAUAUAAAUUAAUGCUUUCUAUUUUGGACUCUUAUUUCAAAACUGCUCAACAAAUGGAUCGACAUUCAAGUGGAUGUGUUCCUAAAGGAUUAAGUAAAUUUCCACGAGCAUGCUCACUUUUAUAUUUACUGGAAAUUAUCUCUGGUAUUGCUUCGAAUUUACUCAAAUAUAUUUCUUUUGGUGAAGGUAACUUUUCUCGACCUCAUUCAAAAUCAAAGAAAUUUAUAUCAAUGGAAUUUGUUCAUGCUGCUCGACAACAUGUUAAAAUCUACUUACUCAAUUUACCAUCUAUUAACAAUCGACCUAUUACCUAUAUUGAUAAAUCUCAAGUUGAACGUGCUCAUAUUUUUUAUUCUUAUGUUGAAACAACUAUGAACAUGCUUUUCGAUGCAUCAUUUAUCAAUUAUACAAGUCAGAUUGAUCGAGAAACUACUUCGGUUAAUUAUUUAUCAAAAACGAUGGUGCAUGGUGGAUUAUUGAAAAGCGAUAACUAUUUAUCAAUAACGAAAUCAGUCUCGUAUGUUAAAUUACCACCAAGUACUCUUCGACAAAAUGAAGAUUUACUCAAAUUAUUUAAUAAAUUUGGUCCAUCAUUUACACUUAACAGUUAUGAAAAAAUGUUCGAAAAAUUCGGUCUUGUAACAGCAGCUGACGCUACAAUUGUGCCUAUAACAUUUAAAGGAAUUGUAUUAUUGCGUGAAGAUAAUGCGUUUGUCAAUUUUUAUCAUUGUUUGGACAAGGAUGAAGGAGUACUGAAGAUGAUUCAGGAACGAAUAACUUCAAAGGAAAUCAACUUAGUUCAUGAUUAUAAAGAUGGUCCAUAUCGAUAUGAACUUGUUAUUGAAAAUGAAAAGAUUGUUAAUAUUUCAUCGAACGAUUCCAACGAAAACAAUAAUGAAAAUAUCAAAAAUGGUAUUUUAACAACUGAUGUAAAUUCAUCAAUUGUACAUAAUUCAAUGAUCAACGUUAAUCAACAUUUUAAUACUCAAGCUAUUCAAGAACAAGAUAUUUUAUCAAUGUUGUCAACACAAGACAACAAUAUGCUCCUUUCAGCAACAAAUGUUCAUCCACAAUCAACUAAUCAAAUUCAACGACAUAAUUGUGGUGUAUCAUCAGCCAGUAGCGAUAGUCGAGUAUCUGUAUCAAGUGUCUCACCAUCAUUCGAUCAUGCAAAUUUUAUGCAAUCUACACCAAGAGCAUCAUCUCCAAUUCCGGCAAUGUUGUUUCAAUCAUUACUUAAUAUCGAUGAAAAUUCAACUGCGAGUAACAUUCAAUUUGAUAAUCUUUCAUCAAUUAUUGAUGAACCUACUUCGUCACCGACCAAUGCUGCUUUUAAUACUUCAUCAAUUAUGAUACGAUUGCAUUCACCAAUUCCGGAACCAGCAAGACUGGUACAGCAAACCUUGUCACCAAAAAGUGCCAAUGAUAAUAUGGAUUUGACAUCCGUUACUUCUCAUGAAACUUAUCAAGAAAAUAAUUUAUCGACACAUCAAACAAAUGAUGAAGCUCAAAAGCGUUUUUCGUCACAAUCGGUUAUUCCAUCACCAGUUUCGAGCAAUUUUCAUAGUCAAACCUAUCGAGUUUUAUCACAAUUAUCUGAUGCGAUACAAUUAGAAUCGAAUACAAAUGAAUGUGUUUCAUCGAAUACAUCGGUAAUGCAAUCAUCUUCGAUGGAGAAACAAAAACGAGGUCGAAGAUCAAACGUUAAUGAAAGUACAGAUCUGUCUUCAACUGAUGAUGCUGAAUCCAUUCUUUUCAAUCAUAAUCAUCCGAUUUAUAAACGUCUUAUUCUUCUUGAUGGCAUUGUUUUCAGUAAGACUGACUUUAGUCAUGCUCUUCAACAAUUUCCGAAUUUACGUGAUAAUGCAAUUGAAAAGUUGUGUAAAGAAGGUGUUUUCAUCAAAGGCGACGUUUUUGCAAAGAAAACCUCGACCGGUAUUAUUGAACAUUUGCAAAGAUACGUCAAGCGUAGUCCAGCAAUCGAUGGUAAUGGAUCGUUAAAUGUUGAAGAUUAUAUUAAUUUUGGAAAUAUACUUGCAAAAUAUGAAAUUUCAAUUGAAGAGUAUAUUAAUUCAUUUAAUAAUGCACAAUCAUUUAUGGAAAAUUCAGGAGGAGCUACUGUUAAACGUAUUCUUAAUCGUUCAAAUAUAAAAUUAGCAUCAUAUUUAUUUUCAAUGAAAUUUGUUGAAUUCAUUAGUCAAAAUAAUUAUUUUUCUGAACGAUUUGCAAUUGAUAAUGAUGCCAUAUGCUUUGAUAAACCGUACAUACUACCGACGACAUCAAAUAUAGUUACCGAUGCAUAUCAAAAGAGUCAAUACAGGCAAGCAAGACAACAUAAAACAUCAAAAAAACGUGCCUAUAGUCACAUUCAGGAUAACUCUGGAGCACCACGUAAAAGUUCUCGACGUAGACCAUAA